GACCUCCACAACUUGCCAAAGAAAGAAAAAUAAGAAGCUUUUAGAUACGAGUCCACCACGAUGGCGUUACAGAGCGGGCUUAUCAGCGCCUCGGCCAAAGCUCAGGCGCCCGUUCCUGCUGGACUUAUCCUGGGAUUGAUGAUUGUUUUCUUGAUUGUAUGUUUGAUUGUGACGACGACACGGAUAUAUACACGAUUUGUGAUUCAUAGGAAACUCUGGUGGGAUGACUGGACCAGCAUUGUCACCUUCAUCGGAACUGUUGCAGAAAUCUCCACAGUGUUGCUCUUGAUGCAACACGGCGGAGGAGUGAACUACGAGGAUGUGCCGAAAACAGAGCUCAAAGCCUUCGGCAAGGCCUGGGAAGCCCUCGAGAUGAGCGCCCGCGUGGGCAUCCUCUUCGCCCGCCUCUCCGUUCUGCUCCUCUACCUCCGGUCCUUCUACCCGCGCGGCGUCACCCGGGGCGGCCCGUGGUGGGCGAUCCACGCCGUGAUCUGGAUCAACGUGCUGUACAGCAUCGCCCUCAUCCUCGUCGUCUGCCUGCAGUGCGUACCGUACGGCCUGCCCUUUGGCGACACCUGCAUCAACGAGUGGCUGCUCUUGGUUCUGUCGUCCAUCAUCAACAUCAUCAGCGACUUUGCCAUCCUGGUGAUCCCCUUGGCCCUGAUCUUCAAGCUGCAGAUGAGCCAGAACAAGCGGUGGGCCAUGUGGGCACUCUUCGCCUUUGGCUCCCUGGCGCCGCUGGCCAGCGUGGCCAGGCUGGCCUAUCAGAUCCCCACCGCCGAGAGCGAGAACAAGACGGUCGUAUACAUCGUCGUGUCGAUCCUGGCCGUCGCGGAGCAGGUCGUCGCCGUCAUUGUCGGCUGCGCGCCUGUGGUGGCGUCGCUGGUGAUCAAGGUGGUCCGGGGCAGGACCAAGGUGUCGAGCACCCCAUCCUCGCGCUCAGGACGCCGGUACGGCCCGCUGUCUCUGAGGAAGCGGUUUGAAAAGGCACCAGAUCCCUUCCGCGUGACGGACUUCACGAGACUCGAGGCAGCCAGCCAGGACCGGUUUGGCUACAAGACCGCGGCCUCGCAGCACGAGUCGCAGGUGGUCUCGGACAUGCAAGACCAGGAGAGCUUGUCCUUGGAAAAUUAUAAGGGUGGAACCGGGCUUGGGCAAAGUCAGCCAGAGGUCGGAUCCUGAAGGACGGAAGAUAAGUGUGCGUCUGGCGUUAUGUUUCCCAGCAGUCUUUUGUAUCUGGGCAUUUCCUGUUGAUAUUAUACCCUGAGCUGAGACUCACAGUCCUUGUUUGCCUUUUCUUAUCUUUAUUUUUUUCUUCUCUUAAUAAAAAUGCUUUUGAG